AUGGCUUUGUCAAAAAUCGUUGCCCUAAUUUGCAUUCUUUUAGAUAUUAAAAGCGACAAUAUUCUCCAAGAAAUAGAGGAUAAGUCAAUCCUUGAAAGUUUUACCCAAGCUGAGCUGGAGAACCCUUCACCCCGCAAAAUCGUCAAUGGUUUGCCGGUAUAUGCUUCACGACGUUUCGACUUGCCGAAGGUGUUUGGCCGAGCAGUAUUACGUGAUUUUGGCUCUGCUGUACAAGGAGACGAGAGGAGGAAUCACGAUGCACAGCCAAACAUUUAUAGAUCACCGGAAGUGAUGCUGAAGACUGAUUGGAGUUACCCAGUUGACAUAUGGAAUGUCGGUGCUAUGGUGUGGGAUUUGUUUGAGGGGAGACACCUUUUCUACGGGGAUGACCCUGAUGGCAAAGGGUACUCAACCCGGGCACAUCUUGCAGAAGUUAUGGGAAUUCUAGGGCCACCGCCUCUGGAUAUGCUCCAGCAUGGAAAACGAAGCCAUGAAUUCUUUACUAAUGAGGGAAAAUGGAAGCAAGACAUAGAGAUCCCGACAGGAGUCAGCUUGGAACUGUCGGAAGAGUUCCUUGAGGGAAGAAAUAAGGAGAUGUUUUUAGCUUUCAUGAGAGGGAUGCUUCAGUGGCGGCCUGAAGAUAGGAAGACAGCAAAGGAUCUACUCCAGGAUCCGUGGCUGAACGAUCAGAUAGAAUAG